UUCAAGGCAGUUUUCACAUUAUGACUGCGCAGACGAUAAAGAAAAAAACCGGAUGCUUCUCAUUAGUGUUUGACCGUGUGUCAUGGGUAAACUGACGGCAUCUUUUAAAAUCAGUGGACACUUGGCGAAAUGAUGACAAAGGUGCAUAAACAACACUUACACGGAACUUUAUGAAGUACACAUCAGUGGAGAGUUAGCAAGGCUGUUGGACUGCACUCGGUCCGCACUAGGCGCAUUUAUUACGUUGAAGCUGUUGGAUGUACUUUUUCUAACGAUCGUUUUUUUAAAAUCUGUUUUUACUUGUAAGUCAUGGAACUAUAUUUUGUUUACUUAUUGACCCUAUUGGUGCUGAUUUUGCCUGGAGAUAUCUGGGGAGCAGGAACGUACGCGACACGAUACGCUCAACAUGUGGAUGAGAGUCAUUCUGUAUCAGCUGCACAGACUGGAUCUAAGGUGACCAGUAGACACAGGAACUGGUGUGCCUACGUAGUAACAAAGACUGUAAGCUGUGUAAUGGAAGAUGGAGUGGAAACGUAUGUGAAACCUGAAUACCAGCGCUGUGCUUGGGGCCAAUGCUCCCAUGUGGUUUUGUAUCGGACUUACAGAAAACCACGGUACAAGGUUGCCUAUAAAAUGGUCACAGAGAUGGAAUGGAAGUGCUGUCACGGCUACUCAGGUGAUGAUUGCAGUGAUGGCAGGGGCAGAACUACUGGUGAAGAAGGGAGAAGUGACAGUGACAAGAUUAGACAACUUGAGGAACAAAUUCACAACCUCCAGUCAACCUUAUACAGCAUGAAUAAGAAAUUACAUGAGGAAUCUCAAAGGGAAGGCAUCAGUGGCAGCAACAAUCUGGCCGACGCUGCCCAGCCAGGGAUGAGGGAGACCAUUCACAGCAUCCAGACCAAGCUGGACAUGCUGGACAACAUGACACAGGUCCAUGACAGAACCCUCACCAGCAUCAACAACCACCUUGUGGGCGGCAAUGGAAUUGGAAAUGAGUUGGACAGUCGCUAUGGCACUCUUAAAGAGGAGAUUCUGAGGGAGCUGGAAUGGCGGGUGACACUGUCUUGCUCGUCAUGCCAAACCGGAGUGGAGAGCAUUCAAAGACAACAGCAGGAAGACCAAGAGAGGAUCCGAGCACUGGAGAAGCACAUUAGUGUGAUGGAGCAGCACCACCAACAAACUGUAGAUUUGCUCAAGAAGGAGCUAUCACACUAUCAGCGUUGCUGUGAUUCCCUGAGCGAUCUGGACAGGAGGCUUGGUGCCACUGAGAGAAAGGUCAGUUCAACUGCAGAGACGUAUGAUAUCCUUAGAGAGCGUCUUGAGAAAGAGCUGGGAGGAUCAGGCAAUGGCAAUGGCAGUCGAGGAAAAGCGCUUGAUGAAAAACUGAACAGCCGUCUUAGAGAACUGGAGAGGAGACUGAAUGGGACUGUGAGAAAAACCGAGCAAAAAUGCUCCCAUACUGAGACAAGUAUGAAGGAGUUUGUCCAGCGAGAGAUUGGCCAGAUUAAGAACUCUGUCCUCAGUCGAAACGACGAUCAUAUUUAUAGAAUAUCUACUGUGGAGAUUGAUGUCCAAGACUUGAAGCGUUUCAUUAACGAUCACAAAAAUGAUCUGGAAAGGUUGGGGAACAAAACAACUGAUCUUGACAGCAGGCUCAAGUCGGCGAUUAAUUUGUGCACAGAGACGUGCGGUCCAAAAGGGAGUGAGACAGCAGAUACUGUGAAAACUCUCGAAUGGAAGGUUGUUGCCAAUGAGGAGAACAUUAAGAGGUUUGACACCAAACUAAAGGAUUUAAGUGUGUCUGGUGACUCUUUAUUGGACCGUAUUAUAGAUCUCAGCCAUGACGUUCAAAAAAUUAAGGAUCUGACAGGACAUAAUGGAGAGCACUUUAACCAAAUCGUCACCGAUGUGAAGAAUAGGUUACGUGAUUGUGACAUAUGCAAUUCGAUAGAUGAGGAACUUCGAAAAAUAAGAAACUUAACCAGCCAUGCUUUUAACACGUUCCAGGGAGAACUUACAGAUUUGCGCAGAAAGGUAUAUUCAGAUGAGUAUGCUUGCUCUCAGGUAUGCUCAAACCUCCAGGAGGAAGUGGGCAAACUGAAAGAAGAGGUAGAGAAAUGCACAGGCCAAUGCGUGAUCAGCAUGGCUGACCAUCAGAGGAACAUAGAUAAUCAAAAUACGAUCACUCGCAAGCUUGGCAAAGACCUCAAGUCCAUUCAGGGUGAGCUCAUAGGGGUAAUCCAAACGUUCAGCUCCAUCAAUGACACUCUGAAAGGCCUCAGGAAUACCAUACAGGGACAUGGCAACUCUAUUUCUGAUCUGGACUCGUCUAAGGAAAGAAUUUACUCAGAGUUAGAUCAGAUACAGGAUGAUUUGAACAAGCACAAAGAAGACAGUAAAGUGCGUUUCGAUGGCAUCAGUAGAUUUAACAGCAAUUUGAAGACUGAAAUGGGAGAAUGCAAACUUUCUCGAGAAGGGCUGGAUAAGAGGCUCUCGAAGAUGGAAGAUGUCUGCGGUAGACUGGAUUCCAUGUCAGUAAACCUUCAGAUAAUCAAAGAUGGCCUGAACAAACACGUCUCUGGGCUUUGGACAUGUGUUAAUGACCUAAACUCCACAGUUAUCUCUCACGGUGAGGCCAUCGACAGCAUUCAGAAUUUUCACUUAGAGAACAUUCACGGCAAAAUGAACAACCUCAACUCUUCCAUACUGCAUGUUCUCAAGGAGUUCCAGAGCUUCACUGAACAGGACUUUACUGGAUCUCCUGGACCACCUGGUUCUCAAGGAGAGAAAGGAUCCAAAGGACCACCUGGGCCACGAGGACCUCCAGGCAGAGAAGGACCACAAGGGAGAGUGGGGCAAAUAGGACCCCCAGGCCUCAGAGGUGAACAAGGACCUCCUGGAGAGGAUGCAAACGUCCCAAGACUGUCAUUCUCAGCAGCACUCACACGACCGCAACCCAAUGCAGGCACUAUUGUCUUCAACAAGGUCUUUGUCAAUGAAAGAAAGGCCUACAAUCCAAAGACAGGUAUGUUCACUGCACCUGUGAAGGGGCGAUACUUCUUCAGUGCAGUCCUGACAGGUCACAAAAAUGUCAAGAUCGAGGCAGUCUUGUCUAAAUCCAAUUAUGGAAUUGCCCGUGGAGAUUCAGCAGGCUAUCAGCCUGAGGGUCUUGAGAAACCCAUGGCAGAGGCACGGCACACUCCUGGCUCCCUGGUCAUCUUCAACAUCAUACUUCCUCUGCAGGAGGGAGAUAAUGUCUGCAUUGAUCUGGUCACAGGUAAACUUGCCCAUUCUGUGGAGCCCCUUACAAUCUUCAGUGGAAUGUUGCUCUAUGAAGAAACAGACGACAGAUUGUGAGACCCAUCUGAGACUCUUUGUGAGGACAAUGUCAGAUGUAAAAAUUUGUAUCUGGACACAAUACCUUUUUUGAAGAACAGUAUUCAGUGUUGAAUAAGGUUUAUGAUACAAAUUAUAUAUGCAGGUUUAUUUUAUAACAGGCCAUAAGGAAACAAGAUGGAUAUAUUUUUGAUUAUGAUAUAUAUGAUUAUGUUUUUUUACACUUACAUUGGCAAAUCAUAUAUUUUCAUAUAAUGUAUGUGAGCAGCAAUGUUUGCUUAUAUUACAAUGCAAUUGAGGACGGCAAAGAUCUUUCUAAAAAAACUACCACAUCCAUGUUACUUGUUGCCCCAGAAGAGAUCAGAAUGACUGGACUCAAGUUUACAUAAUUAUCUAAUAAACUAAAAAUCUUUAUUUGAUCUGACCCUACAAACCUUCAUCAUAGUAGUUAUCUGAAUGUAUAAAGAUACUGUGUGGUUGUCAGCAGUGCGUUGCUAGACCCUUGAAAUACCCAUAUGCCCCAGUAAACAUUACUGAAAAACAAUUGUAUGAGAAUGGAAAUUGCCAUUUACUGACAUGAUAAUCAUUUUGCCUGAUAAUAUUUCAGCAAUCAUGUUGUGUGUUCUAUCAGCUAUUUAGGAUCAUAUGUCAGAUUCAGAAAGUAAGCACUCUUGAUCUAACUGGUCAAAUGGUUCUAAAUUGAUUUUUGAUUCAUUCAGACAGUUCGCUCAUACACUGAAUAAUUUGCAGCAGUUUCUCAAACCGAAAAAGAAAACAAAAAGAUCACUGGAUGAGGUGGAUAUUUACCUACAAUACAUUGUAAGAAACAAAGCUUGCAAAUGUCUUUUAACAUUUAUCAGUGAUUAAACAGCACAUGCAACUUGUGAAUAACUCUGUAAAGAUAUUUUAUGAUAUAUAUAACAGUAAAAAAAAAAAAAAAAGUAGGCAGUGCUGUGCAUAAUAUAGUGUAUUCACAUGCACAAUACAGUGUGUUUACAUUACUUCCCAAGUAAAUCAAUAAAUACAUGGAUUUUUUUUUUUUUACAUUUGUAGAGAAGAAUGAGAAACGGAACAUGAGAAUAGAUACAGUAUGUGGGAAAUACCUUUCAGAAGCAGGCCAUUUUGUUGUUGUUUUGUGAGUUUGAAAAGGUUUUAUCAACUAAGAACUUCAGGAUCUUUAGUAAAAAACAAACUAUUCUGUAUGUAGAUGUUGUGAUAACCAAUCUUGCCAGUAACUGAGAAAAGACUGCGAGAAAUCCAAGCUAAUCCUAGAAAAUUAGACUAUAUAUACACAACACAAAACACAAAAACCAUGGCCAACAUAUUGUAUGUGAAAAGCAUAAUAUAAUGAAUUUUUUUGAAACAUCACACCAUGUAUACCAUUAUCCCCUUCUACUUUCAAGCUUCACUAAAAUACACCUCAAGAAGAAGGAAUCCAGAGACCAUGAAAAUAUAUAGAUCCGUAUGUACUGUUGGUGUGGUUUCAUUUAAAAAAAUAUGUUUUUCCCCUCAAAGGCUCCAUUCAGGUUUUUUAAAGAUGGAUACAAUAAAUAUUACACAUAUUUUCUAUUAUUUCCCAUUUCCUCACUGUGUUAUAUUUGCAGCACAUUUCUUAACUUAAUCUCCAAAUUUGGAAAAGUAACUAUAAAAGGAUGGAUUCAAAUAAAGCAGGCUGUGCAGAGAGGGACAUUUUUAGACAUGCCAGAGGCUAUAGUUCAGGAAUCUUCUGUAACCCAUUCUCUGGUGACUCUUCCAAAGAAAACCAUGAAAGCUGUUUGUGCUAGAUGCAGAAAAGAUUUCAUCCUGGCUAUCUUUUUUUUGUCAAUGGAUUUUUUUUGUCUCUUUGGACCGCAGAUGUUCUCUAAAUAGCAGAUGUUCUCUAAAUAGACUAACAGCUCAGAAUCUGUAUCUUUGCCAAACAUGUAUUUGCAUGACCUUAGCUGUCUUGGUGGUCUAUGCCUAAUGUUUUCUUUAAUACAAAGGGAUUUAAAUGGACUUUAAAGGACUUUACACUGAGUCUAGUACUGUGAGAUCAAACCUGGCCCACUCAGUCACUUUUAUCCCUCAGAAGAGAGAAAUUCCUUAAAGCGUCUUUAUAAAUAUUACUUCUGAAUGUUUCAUUUUGCAGUAAGACAGCUGAUUUGCUCAAUUUGCAAUUGGGACCAGGUUAUAUCAGCUGCCCAGGCAUAACCUGAACCAUUUUUUCAAAUCUAAUAUUUUUAAGUUUCAUCUCAUUUCUCACUACAGGCAUUACAAAACAGUAUUAUAAUUAUGCAAAUAAAGUGUAUCUGACUGCUGUGCAAUCCAAACAGUCCUCAAAUUAUU